AUGCCGGUAUUGGUGUCUGGACAGAGAAGUGGUAUUUUUUCUUUCCUUUUAUUUUUCUUCCUUUUUUCAUCUUGCCAACCGAAGUCAGUGCAGCACGGUGCACCGGAUGACAGGGCACGGCGACUCGCCGAUGCGGGCCAUAUCCGUACUUCGUCUCCUUGCUUGCCUACAUUUUGCGACGGCGUGUACUCAGGCCGCUGA